CGACUGUACAACGCCGCGGUACAAAACGUGCAGCCCGGUGCGUUUUGAUGACGUCAUCACCAACGAGCCACAACAAAAACAACAAUAGAAAUCAGCUGUUCGGCAGCUAACUAGCCGGGCUACUUACUGAAUACUGUUCUUUACUCUUUUUGGAUUUGUAUAAGUUGCUUUACAGUCACUAAUACGUUCAAAUAUAAAGCAAAUUAUAUCAAAUCCUCAACGAUGCGUAGCAAUUAGGUUUAAUUUUAAACUCAUUUGUCUUCUCUCUGCUAGCUUCUAGCAGGUUAGCUUUUUAAACUGAGGACGGGAGGGAGCCUGUUCGCCCAAAAGAACUGGUCCAAAUUCCCCAACCAUUAACUGAGCUGUCCAGGUGGACCAAAAAUUCUGUGAAUUCUGAUGAUAUUCCCCUUUCAGUGCCCUAAAAGCUUGUUGCAUUGCCUGCUGUAAGACAGACCACCUAGUGAACCGGAACUUCACCAGGCCAGAGAUAUUUAUGGCAAAGCCAGACCACAAGACCACCAGGUGGAGAUUCUGACCUCCACCAAUGACCACCAAUAUUAUUUCCUCAUCUGUCAUCAUGUCACCGCAAAAAAGACCCCUGGUCCCUGUAAGCAGCCGGCGGAAAGCAGUGGACGACUACUUCCCUUUCAACUUCCUGCCGGUGGAGUGCCAGCUGCACGUGUUGUCCUUUCUGAAUGAGGUGGAUAAAUGUAGCUGUGCUUUGGUUUGCUUGAGCUGGAGCUGCCUCGUCCGCUCAUGGAAGCUGUGGCGGGUGGCAGAUUAUUCCCGUCGCGGCGUCUUCCAUCUGGGUCAGGAGGGGCUUCUUGUUUCCAACCGUGAGUUCGAGAGGUGGAAAUCUUGGGUCCACCAUUACACCCACCACCUCAUCUCCCGUCGGGCCAGCCUGCUCACGCUGAAGGCCAGCUUCGACCUGGGGGAUCGCUGCAACAAGUGGGGUGAGCUGCUGAGUCACCUGCUGGAUAACGUCCACUGCAGAGACCUCAGCCACCUGGACCUUAACUGGACCUUUACUCUUCUUGAGCCACUGGACCUCAGGGUCCACUCCAGCUCCAGUUCGCACCAGGACAGCAUUACCAAGAUGGACCAGGUGACCAGUUUCCAGGAGCUGUUGACCAAACUCACCCACAGCUGCCCACGCAUCUCCAAGAUGCGGUUACACUUCGACUGGUCGGAUGUGUCCGUGUCGCUGCUCACCCAGUUCCAGCAGCUCCGAGUCCUCGAGCUCAAAUACUUCUGGGUCUUUAAAGGAGUGACUCCCUCGACACUGCAGACCCUAACCAAAUCUCUGCCUAAACUGAAGUCUCUGACUUUACACAUCCUGGUGCCGCUGAGGAACCUGGGCAUCUCAUACAUUUUAGAGUCUCAAUCUUUGGAGUUCCUGGACGUGUCGCCCAGCCGAGGUUUGGUCUUCUCCUGUCUGAAGCUGCCUGCCCUGCGUGAGCUUCGAGCCAAGAAGAUCGUCCGCGGCAUCACACUGGACCGGAGGACCAGGUUGAGGAUCCAGAGCCGCUGGCCGUGCCUGUACCACGUCCUGCGGGAGGGGACACCGAAGCUCCAGGCCCUCAACAAUGAGAGGCUACUCACCACGUGGAGGGAGGAGAGCUACGGGGAGCUGUCUGCCAUCCUGGAACAGUCCUGUUACUGUGUCCAGCAUCUAGACAGCUGGCUCUGGUAGUCAAUUGUGUGACAUUAAAUGGUCCCUGGUUGGUUGGAUGGUAUCGCUUUUACACACACCAUUUUUGUCCCCAUUUGAAUGAAUGUACUCAGAGGGACAUAGCUGCAGAUAAAAACUGAAACUUGAAGUGAAGCAAGUUGUUUUCAGUUCUUAAACAGGAAGCUGCUGUUACAGUUGGAAAUACUUUCCCAAGACACUGAUACACAGCAUGUCUAUAACUGUUUGUCCAUUAUCUCCAAAAAGCAAAUGUGCUUCAUUCUGAUUGCACUGUGUUGGAUGCCCUGGAUUAAUUUCCACAGCUCUGUCCUGGAAAAAUUACAACAUGAACUACAACUCUGCCUGAGCCAAGUGUUCAUGGCCCAUGUAUUGUGAAAAGAAGACUAAAGGACAGUGUGAGUGUAUUUGGCUACUUAGAGUUGUGGAGAAGUUGUGGAAAUUAGCCUGUUCAAAGAGACAACUAUGACAGAACACAUCAUAUUUUGAUUAUAAAGUUGUAGUUUUGCGAGAAAAAGUUGUAAUAUGUCAAAUAUAAAAUCCUGAAUUUAUUUAGAGAAAAAUUUUGCUAUGCAAUACAAGUCGUAAUUUCAAGAAAAGUCGUUUUAUUAUGAAAAAAAUGUCACCCCGUCAGAGUAUUAAAAUCUUGAACAGAAACAGAAAUAUUACAAAUUUAUUCUGAAAAGAUUACGACUUUUGCUCGAAAUACUACAGUUUUAUUCUCAAAAUAUUUUCCCUUUUUUCUCAGUAUCAGAUUACCAAGAAAAAAGUUUUCUUAGUUAUAGAAAAUGGAUAUGUGCUGUACUGUAUAUUUAACUAUUCUUACUAGUUUGGUUAUUGAUUGAAUUCAGUUGUAUUUGUCCUCAGAGACAGUCGUCUACUGUUUCUAUUUGAUGAGCAAUGCUGUAGAGAAAUUGAGCCCUUUACUAGAGAAUUGCACUAAUGGCAGAUGAGACUGGUUGUGCACAUGCAGUAAAUAAACUGAUCAUAUGUUGAUAGAAUACAAUAAUUAAUUGUAUUCUAAAUAACAAAUUUGAAUAACGUACAUUUUGUAACACAAAGAACUGAACAAUCUGUGGCGAGUUAAGACAGUACAUGACCAAAAAGCUUCUCAAAAUUAAUGGGUACUGACCCUAGGUCAGUCGGACCAAGUCCUCUAGACAGUCUCAUUCUAAAUUACCUGAAAACCCAAGCUGGUUCUGUAUAGCCACUCUGACUUGGCUGCUAAAUACUUGGCACAUUCAGACUGCCAGUAUUAAGCUGGUGUAAUUCUAAUCACAGCCUGUCAGGAAUGCAGCACCGCUAAAUGAGGGUUCAUUCCAGUGCUGGACCAGUUUGCACCCAACAUUUAUUUUCGUGAGUGCCCCCUUUGUUUUAUUGUUGAUGUGUAUGAAGUUUUUUUUUAAUCAUGUGAGUGUUUCUCCUAAAGUAUGUAACAGCAGUAAUGUAACAAUUUUAUAAGGUUUUAAAAGAUUUAACCUGCCUGUCUUAAAAUGAAAGAAUUCCUCAACUCUUGAUAUUUGGAAACUGCAAAUUUGCACAUUUCCACUGCUGUCAUGGAAUGUUAUUGUUGCUCAUAUGUGAUCAUGGAUUUCAUAUAUUUUACGUGUAUGUGGCGUUUUAUUUUCAUUCCUAUUUACCAUGAGUCAACUGUUUUCAGCUCAGAAAUGGAAUUAGUGCUUUUGCUAUUAUCCUCCCAAUCAGUAGAGGUCCCUAUUCUCAAAGCUUUGGCCAUGAAGGUUUCUCUCCCAAAGGUCAGAAACUUGUUUUUACAAAUGUAAAAGUGUGACAUCAUUUCACUCCAGUACUUGUGCUCAUGGGUUGUGCGAGUAGCAGAUGUGUGCUUGAGGGUAUUUAUGCUCUUCAGAAUAAAUCAAUGUAUGUGUGCGAUUUGGCUGAUAUGAUGAAACUUUUGAGUGUAGAGCAUUUCAUAAGAAUCUUCAUAAAGAAUUGUAUUAAAUCUUAAUUGUCAUUUAUAA